AUGCAAGAUUCACCCAGACUUCGUCCCAAGAUUCAGAGUUCUGUGCUGCUGCCGCUGCAGCCGCCGCCACAUGGCUCUCUCGGGCCGGUCGUGAGUCGGAAACGCCGACGAGGGAAGACGGAGAAGAUGGAAGAUGCCCCGGAAUGGAAAGACAACUCCCCCGCCUUUUGCACGUCGGGAAGAGGCCUCAACCUGCGCCGGCAUAUGGAUAUUGGCGACAUGCAAGCCAGAGUGGCUAUGUCGGGUACAGCCAAGAUGGCGACGCAACUCUCGCUCGCUCGCUCGCUUCCUCACAGGCAACGCAAGGCCGAUUGGACCUUGUGCGUCGCAAUCCUGGCGGAGGGAGGAGGGGAACGCUCGCUGGGCGGCUCAGCCGCUGUGCGCGUGGACCAUACGGAAUGCGGCGGCAGCGGGCUCGUGUUAGCUUCUUGA